UUUGUGACCGAGAGCCUAGUAAAAAUGCUACAAAUUUCGGAGUUUGUGAUUAUUUCGCUAGUGUUGUUCUGUUCGAUUUGCAUCACAAGUUCAUGGCCAGUGGAAAAACCAGUUGAAAGUGAAAAAUCGGUGGAAAGUUUGAAACAUAGUCUGCACAGACGAAUGAUUAUCUUUCGACCAUUGUUCACGUAUCAGGAAGAAGAGGUUGAACAUGAGUUACGCUUGAAGAAAGAUCAGGAGGCGCACCGUUUAAAGGAAGCAUAUAAGAAAGAAGUGAGCCAGAACGCAGCACAGCAACAAUCGAAACAGGAAAACACAACAACUCGAAGUACAACCAAGCAACCUCAGAACGUCGACGACGACGACGGUGAUGAUGACAAUGAUGAUGAUGAUGUUGAUGAUGAAAAUGGUGGUGAUGACGAUAAAAAUUGAUUCGUGAUAUAAUAGUAUGACUGAUUUCUUUAAUUUGUACAGUAAGGUAUUUUAAGUGGUUUUCGUAAUAAGUGUUUUUAUUCGCGAUGUGAUAUUCAAUUCCAUGCAACUGAAUCCUUCGGAUAG